AUGCAUCCCACACGGACGCUACUCUCGCGGUCGGUCUGGAAAGGCCCCAACAUCGUACCACUGCCCAUCGUUCGCGCGGCGCCCGGCCAGAAGGUCGUUCCGAUCAAGACACAGGCACGAUCCGCGACCAUCCUGCCAAAUUUCGUAAACCAGAAGUUCCAAAUACAUAACGGCAAAAAUUACGUGGAUAUCACGAUAACCGAAGACAUGGUCGGACACAAGCUGGGCGAAUUUGCACCGACGAGAAAGCAAUUCACGUAUAAACAGACGAAGAACAAGUAGAGAGUCGAUCGCGCGUGCAUAUCUUGGAGUUCUGGGUAUCAAUUUGGGGCAUAUGCUAAAACCCCUUUGUAUCGCUACUUGUACAAAACAGCACAAACCCAAACUUUGUGGGUUCCAAUGCAAAAAGUUGCCUCAACGCC